AUUUUGGAAUGCAAAAGUUUUCUUUGGCUGAUGUCACUACUCCGUUUUCGUUAAAUUAUUUGAUUGCAAAAACCGCUUUUCGUCGUUAAUUUGGGUGAAACCAACAAUUAAAAACAAUCAUUGUUACAAUAAGCGUGAUGGCCGAUCCGAAAUUUCAAUUUCUGCCGUAUAUUGCUCACGAUCAACCCGAUGUCUACGAGACUCCGGAUGUCGCGGAAUCAGAGACAUCCGAUUUUUACGAAGAAGAACCAUCGAAUGAAAGUAUCGAACGUUUACAUAUUUCCACCAAGGAUUCGUACAACAAAUUCAAGGGAAAAUACCUUACUGGAGAUGUUGACUUCAGCGAUAGAAUUGGAAAAAGAUUUCGCAUCGGGUAUGACGCUCAUAGUGGAGAGUGGGAUCUGGCUGGUGAAGGCGAAAAAGAAACUCCGAUACAAAAAUGUCUACGACUCCAAUGCGAGAUGAAUGAACUAAUGGACGAGAUUGCUACAUCCCAAGCGGAUGCCAGCAAAAGCAAGGAAGAGAAAGCCUCUUAUGAGGUGGUGUUUGAAGUAGUUGGUACAGCCAAGAAAGUCCUUGAAAGUUUAAAGCUGGAACAGGCGAUUGGAAGCGAAUCUGUUAAUACAGGAGCGGACAGUGAGGCGAAGACUCUACUGAAGAAGAUCGAAGAUUAUAAAAAGUCUGGCGGUGGAGAUCCUGGUAAGACAGUAACCGAACUUGUUCAUAGUUCAAGAAUCGCCGAACUAGAACUUCGUUUGCACAAGCUUGAAGUAGCUGUAGGAGCGAAGCCCGAAAAAAUAAGUCGUCUAGCUGGAUCGACAGGAGCGGGCAACUUGAUAGAAGCAGUACAGUCUAUUUCAGCAAAGGCUGCAUUGUUGCAACCCCAGCAGCUGGAUUUAAUCGAGGCUCGGUUGGGUAAUUUGGUUCAAAAAAUAGAACAGAUACAGGAGAAAUCUUCUGCGACUGGACAAGAUGCUAACAGGGAACAAAAAAUUUUGGAGCUACAUGAAAUCGCGAAGACAACGGAACCGAUUGUGCAAAUUCUUCCCGAUAUGUUAAACCGUAUGCAAACGCUGGAGUCACUACAUAAAUAUGCAACAAACUUCAGUAAGCUGUUUGCCGAGUUGGAAACAACACAGUCCAGUAUUCUGAACGGAAUUGCUGGCAAUAAAUCGUUACUCACUGGGGUUCAGGAAGCCUUUGCCCAAAAUCUCGAAAAUGUUAACAGUGAGGUGAAGAAGUUGGAAGAGCGAAUGAAAACACUUCAAGAGAAGGUGAAGUGAGGGGCGUUAAAAGAGCAAAUCAUUCCCGCGUGUAACCCAACAAGUAGAGGUAAUCGCAGUCUUAACAUGAUGUAGUCUUAAAAACCUCCGUAUGUUUCUAGAAAUUAUCUAAGACGAGACUCGCGGAUGCGAAAAAACUACGACAAAUGCAGACAGAAUGACAGACUGCGAGAGGAAAACUAAAAUGAACAGAAGAAAAGAAAACAUCUAUCCGCGAGCAGAGAUGCCAGGUAUCUUUUUCAAAUGUCUGCAAUAAUAAUUUUAAAAGUCUGGGAAGAACAAAAAAUGUCAGGAAAGCUAGUGUAACUAAAAGCCUUUAUAUUCAAAAAUCUGUAUCUUAAAAGUCUGCGAAUUUGCAGACUUGUCUGCAAAUCUGGCAUCUCUGUCCGCGAGUCUCGUCACAAAAAAUAUCUAUUAUAUUCAGCAUAAUGCAUAUUUAUUACCAACGAUAUUCACGAAACGUGUUAGUUCUUUCAAAUUAGUUCGAUGACACUCCUUUUCGCACUUUUAGCAUAUGUGCAGGAGUCCUUUUUUUUGCUUCGCGUUUUUAAGGCUAACUAACCCACUGUUAAAAUACAUGAGGGGAAGCAGGUGUGAAGUUUGCACAAAUAAGAAUAAAUUGCACAUCAACUAGAAUAUUUAAAUUAAAUGCAACAGUAUGAUACAA